CUCCUCACCAUCACUUCCCCUCUUCCCCCAUCUUAUCUUGCAUCCCCAAGUGUUUUACAUAACUAAAUUAAUACCGAUCAAUGGCGGAAGUUGGCGGUGGUAAUGGUGGCGCCACCACCGCUCAAAGAAUAAUGGGGUGGUUUCCGGAGAGGGUACAGUUGCACCUAGCUAUGUUAGCGUUACAGUUCGGAUAUGCCGGUUUUCAUGUGGUAUCUAGAGCUGCCCUUAAUAUGGGCAUCUCUAAGAUCGUGUUUCCGGUCUAUCGCAACAUUCUCGCCUUCAUUCUCCUCCUUCCAUUUGCUUAUUUUCUUGAAAAGAAGGAGCGCCCACCGAUUACUCUCAAUUAUCUGAUCCAGUUCUUCCUCCUUGCAGUCGUCGGGAUUACUGCAAACCAAGGCUUCUACUUAUUGGGUUUAGACAACACUUCACCGACGUUCGCCUCCGCCAUUCAAAACUCCGUUCCGGCCAUAACAUUCCUCAUGGCAGCCAUUCUCCGGAUAGAGAAAGUGAGACUAGACAGAAAAGACGGUCUAUCCAAAGUCUUCGGGACCCUAUUCUGCAUCGCCGGAGCAUCAGUGAUCACUCUAUACAAGGGACCUACAAUAUACAGUCCGUCUCCUUCGCUAAACAAGGUGCGGGAGAUGUCGCCGCUGCUUAGUUCUCUUGGAGAUGCCAACGGGAAGAGCUGGACAUUAGGGUGCGUGUAUUUGAUCGGCCAUUGCUUGUCGUGGUCUGGGUGGUUGGUGUUGCAGGCACCCGUCUUGAAGAAGUAUCCGGCCCGGCUUUCUUUCACGUCGUACCAGUGUUUCUUCGGUAUACUGCAGUUUAUCGUGUUAGCCGCGUUCAUGGAGCGAGAUCUUAACUCUUGGCUUAUUCAUACUGGCUCAGAACUGUUUAGCGUGUUUUACGCGGGAGUAGUAGCAUCGGGGAUCGCAUUUGCGGUACAAAUAUGGUGCAUACAAAAAGGUGGCCCGGUUUUCGUAGCCUUGUAUCAGCCGGUUCAAACCCUAGUUGUUGCGCUCAUGGCUUCCGUUGCUUUAGGCGAAGAGUUCUAUUUGGGAGGGAUUAUAGGGGCAAUAUUCAUUAUAAUCGGAUUGUAUAUGGUGUUGUGGGGAAAGAACGAAGAGAGGAAGUAUUUGUUACAAAAGAACCCGCCAUUGCUCCAGUCUCCGACAGACAACGACGUGCCAAGAUCGUCGAUUGUCCAACCUUUAUUGUCUCAAUCAAAUGGAAAUGUUUGAAUAUGGAAGGUACUUUUUUAUGUUAAAAAGGGGGAAGCAAAGCGUGCAUGGUGUGUCAUUCUAGUCAAGAUUUUGUUUUGCUUUUAAAAAAAGAGAGGUAGAGGAGAAAUGCUCAGAAUGUGAUGAUUAUUAUUUAUGUCAUGAUCGAUCAGCCAAGAAAAUGCUUUUUAUCUAUCUAUCUAUCUAUCUAUCUAUCUAUCUAUCACAUGAUGGGUAUUGUUGUAACUCUACAUCAUUCUUGUAUUGUAUUUUGCUUUUGAAGUUGUAUUAUGUAUUGAUUUUGAUCAAUUUGAUGUUAUGAAUUAAGUUAUUUAUCGUUAGGGUCUCAA